GGCUCUUAAUCAACGACAAUUCAGUACUAAUUGUGAAUAUUUACUAUUUUUCAGAUAAAUGUUAUCGGAAUUGGACAUUGUGGUUUCAUAAACACGCGUUAUCAACGCUAUUUACUCGAAUGUUUAUAAUGAGAGUGCGGGAAAAAUGUGCCAAAUUAAAAUUUAAUCUCGUCAAAUUAAAUUUCGAGCAGAAAAAUACUAUAAGGUAAUGGAAUAAGAGACGCAAGUGCGAUCAACUUGGUGAAAAUGAUGACGAAUUCCGAUGAAAAUGUUAGAUUAAACCCUGAAGAAUUCAAAAUCGCUUAUAAGAAAGAUGCGAUGACUAAAGACAGUUAUCAUUUGGUGCACGGGGUGUUUUUGAUAUUUGGAAUAAUACAUUUAUUGCCAGUAUCAUUUUUUGUCACCGAAAAUAAUUACUGGAUGUUCAAAUUUAGAAACACCUCGGUAUCGUCCAACGAUCCAGAGUACCGAUCCUCGUUACAAUCGAAUUUCGCAUCCGGUACCAAUGUAGCCCAAUCGAUACCAACAGUAAUAUGCAUGAUAUUAGCCAUGGUUUUCGGCUACAAAAUAAAGGCGAAGCUCAGAAUUUUGACCGCUUUGUACGUCAUGGCUGCUUGCUUUGUAGUUACAACAUGCUUCAUAAGAGUCGAUACGGAUAAUUGGCAAGUUGGGUUUUUCGCUUUUACAAUGUCUACUUUGGCUGUCAUGAAUGGGAUUUUGGCUUUGUUCCAAGUGAGUUCGUUGGCUUUGCUAUCAAAAUUCCCGCCCGCCUACAUGAAGACUUUCCUCGUGGGGCAAGGCGUAGGCGGGAUAUUUUCAUCAGCCCUUCAAGUCAUCGCCUUAGCGGCCGGUACUUCAUCCCAAGCUUCGGCUAUGGUUUAUUUCGUAGUCGGUACUUUGAUUUUAGUGUUAACCAUCGUUUUGUACCACUCGGUGCAUUACCAAGACUUCUACAAGGAAAUCUUGGAAACUAAUACAGAAGACACUAAAAGGGAUUUGAUAAGUGUGGCAGAUGUGACGGACAUUUCUGCUAAAAUCUGGUCGAGUUUGGUGAUUGUAAUAUCAGGCGCGCUGGCUUAUGUACCAACCCAUCCCGCUAUUGCUGUUCUGGUGGUGUCCGAGUACAAAUCGGAGUGGGCAGACAAAUACUUUGUAGCCGUGGUAACUUUCUUAUUUAGCGAUAUCUGUUGCGUCGUCGGACGAAUCUUAGCCACAGCCAUAAAUAAGAGACCUCACCAUUCAAUAAUGGCUUUGUUAGCAGUACUGAGAAUGAUAGUAUUCAUACCAUUAUUUAUGUUUUGCAACGCGUGGCCCAGGAACCACCAAUUAGCCGUGUGGUUUCCCCACGACUGGCAGUAUAUACUAAUUUUAGGCAGCUUCAUGAUAUCCAGCGGGUACUUUUUUAACGUCGCUUUUCUAAACGUUAUCAAAUUGGCUCCGGAAUCAGAGGAAAAUUCCUAUUUGAUAAUGCAGACUGUUAUAGGUAUCGUGGGGGCCGUUUUCUCCCCAUUGGGAGUAUUGUGUGUUAAUUUAUUAUGAAUUAAAAUGAAUUAAUAGAAAAUUUGAUGUUUAUUUAAAUUUUCUUGGGAUUGAUAUCUCACAAAUUUCACAACUGUCAAACCUAACCGGCAGAUCUGUGUGAUUUGCAUAUACAAAAAAGACAUAAUACUCAAACAUGAAAAUUAAAGAUAAUAAAUUCGAUAGAAAGUAAAUAAAUUGAAUAAAAAAAUCUUAAUAUAUACAAACAUUAACUAACUACAAUAUGUAUAAUAAAUUACAAUAAAAUUAAUUUCCAAAUUUUAAUACAACAUUACAACACCGUUCGUCUUUUCCUCUAACACCGGUAUUAUAGUUUCCACGUCCUUGUCCAUAUUCACUAUAAAUAUCACGAUUAUAUUGACAAACGACGUUCCUGCAGCGCCAACUACGAACCUGAAAUUACAAUAAAAAUUGGCAGGUGUCAAAAUACUGACAAUUAAACUGUCAAAGUUGAUUUAAACGACACAAUGACUUACCAAAAGGAAUAUCCCAACUCA